GCAGCCGAACUGUUUUGUGUGGCUGAUGCAGAAGUAGAACUAACAAAAUUCACAGCUUAGAAAGUUAGAAGUUAGUAGAAUUUUGUCAUCAGUCAUGGAUUCAGUGCUUUUACAUGUAGAAGCUGAAGGUUACAUCCAGAGUUUGGAAAAAAUAUCACUGCGGGAAAUCGGGAGUCCUAAGUGGUUUCGCCAACAUGAGUAUAUUGAGAAGCUCAACAUGCAAGCUAUUCUUAAUGCCAGUGCUAAUCAAGAGGAGUUCGUCAAAGACCUUUUUGUGUCACAUGGGAAGAUACCCACGCUGGUUCAUGGAAUGAUACUCAUUGAAAUUUGGAAACAGAAAGUGUUCCCUAUUCUGUGCCAACUUCAGGACUUUAGCCCCAAGAGUACCUUCCCGCUGUACAUGGUGAUUCACCAUGAGGCUACAAUCAUAAAUCUCCUGGAGACAAUCAUGUACCAUAAGGAAUCCUGUGAGGCAGCUGAAGAUGCUGUUUUGGACCUGGUGGAUUACUGCCAUCGUAAACUCACUUUGCUAGUGGGGCAGUGUGCCCGUGGAGAAAACCCCACUCAUGACAGACUCUCUCAUUCAGGACUCUCAGAUAUGAACUCCAUACAGGAUCUACGCAACCAGAGUAGCAUGUUAGAGUUUGAAAUCUCCCUCAAGGCUCUGUCUGUGCUUCGCUACAUUACUGAUCAUGUGGAGAGUUUGAGUCUGAGUGUGCUCUCAAGGAUGCUGAACACUCAUAACUUGCCUUGUGUGCUGGUUCAGCUUGUGGGACAGUGUCCCUGGAGCCGCAAAAACAGAGGUAAGCUGGAGAAGUAUGAGGAGGGGAAAUGGAGAGAGAUUCCUGCUGAAGACCGACUAAAGAUGACCAAACUGGACGGCCAGGUGUGGAUUUCUCUCCUCAACCUGCUGCUUAAACCAGACUGCCAGAGGAAAUAUGACUUCAAUAACUUCAACAAAAACCAGCUCUUAAAGCUGCGUGGAUUUUUGACGGAAGUUGUAAUAGAUCAGCUGCCGAAUCUUGCUGAUCUUCAGCGUUUCCUUAGCCAUCUCACUGUAACCGAACCUGCGCCACCAAAGAAAGAACUCAUCCUUGAGCAGCUUCCAGAAAUUUGGAAUGGAAUUAUCGCAGAGAAUUCUGGGAAGUGGAAGGCCAUAGCCAAGCACCAAGUGCAGAAGGUGUUUAACCCAUCUGAAAGUGAACUAAGAAAACAGGCAAACUGGUUGGCUGAGACGUAUAAUCUUGAUGUGAUAGAGAGUCUCAUUCCAGAUAAACCAAAAUGUGGCACAUGUGGAGCGGAGGGGGUUAAGCGCUGCUCCCGCUGCCAGGGGGAGUGGUACUGCAACAGGGAGUGUCAGGUGAAGCACUGGCCCAAGCACAAACUUGCAUGCCAGCUGAUGGCAGAAGCCACUGAGAAACUACAAAAGGAGCUCAACAUCAAGACUUGAGAGUUUACUUGGAGGAAGGAGACGGAGACUUCAGAUGCAGACGGACUGAAUGACUGUAAACUCCGUUGUCUCACUGACCUUUAUAGCGUGGGUUGCUUUGGUUAUAGUGGUAAUGUUGAGAACUGAGGAAGAGGAGGAGCUAUUGUUUGCUCUAGUGAGCUGAGCCUUGAUUGAGGAAACUCAUUGUUACUAAGUAGACUGUCUUGAAAAUGAAAAGAACAACAAAAAUGACAUUAAUAUGAUAUGUGUAACAAUGACGAUAAUAGUGUAACAAUUAUUAUAGUUUUGAAAGCAUGCAAUGCAGCAUGUCUGAGAACAUUGCUUGAGUGUGACUAAAAGUGUAUUAAUGGGGAAUUAAACCAACUUUCCAACAUUUCCCAUCAUUAAGAUGUACACAAAGUUAUUCUUAGUGGUUUCAUGUGAAAUACUCCAUUGUAGAGCAGCAGAGGCUGAACUGUACAAAACUGUAAAAGUGAUGCAAGUGAUGUAGCCAGUAAAUUACCAUACAAACA